GAAGCAUGUCCCCAUCACCGCAGACAUGGCGCCGGCAAGCGUCCAUGGGCGGACUCAGCACGGCACUCGACCAGCCCGGCUAGUACGCUCGAGGCCGUCGACGAAGACAAAAGAGUCAAAGGAAGCUGGAGACGUGGCAACGACGCCCGAUGUCGAAGAGGUGCGGCAAAAGCGAGCAGCAUAUUAUAGCGAACCGGCCAUCGAGCGGCGACGAGCCACGCCGCUGUUGGGAGUGAGGCCAUCAUCGAAGAGCAAAAGGAGGACAGAGACAACGACAGUGCCCAAGUCAAGGUCCAGCGAGCAGAAGAAGAGACGGAAGCGAACAAGCAGUAGUGGCCACAAGCCAGACAGCCACAACGCAGAUGCAGACGGCUAUGUCUACGAUGCGGCGCUCACACCGCAAGAGGCAGGGUCAGCAAGACGAAGCGCUGGUGUGCAGCGGAAGUCGAAGCACACGACUUCCACGAGUGCGCGUGAGGUCCCGUCGAUUGUGGACGAUGAGCUCACCCCCAACGAUAGCAUAUCCCAAGUAGGUCUGAAUCCUGCUCCGCAAAGGACAAAGUCAAACAUCUCCCGCUCGUCUGCUCAGCGGAAUCUGGGGGCUGCGAGGCUUGCAACUGUCUCUGAACAAGCAGAUGAGCAAAAGAGUCCUCCCAAGCCAUCCAGGCAGCAGAGAAGAUCGUCGUCCAUCUUUGAUUCCCUUCUUCGACGCCACUCCACUGCGGCCAUACCAACGCGUCCUCCCCGACUAGUAGAGUGCUUGACCUGCGGCUCGGACGACAUACCCUCCACGCAAACCGCCAAACUAAGCUGCACUCACCGCAUGUGUCACGACUGUCUCAAGCGUAUAUUCGAGAUGUCCGUGACUGAUCCUGCCCAUAUGCCACCGCGCUGUUGUACAAAAGACCACAUUCCUCUGAAGCACGUGGAGAAACUCUUCGACCUCAAGUUCAAGGUUCUCUGGAAUCGCAAAUACCAAGAAUAUCAUACCAAAAACCGAAUUUAUUGUCCCACCCCAAAGUGUGGUGAGUGGAUCAAACCAUCUCACAUUUCCUCGUCCAAAGGACGCAAGUACGCACAGUGUCCUCGUUGUAGCACCAAGGUGUGCACAUUAUGCAACGGGAAACUGCACAAAUCGUCCGACUGCCCCCAAGAUCCCGAGAUUGCCAAGCUUGUUGCCCAAGCCAAGGAGAAAGGAUGGCAGACGUGCUACAGCUGUCAUGCAAUGGUGGAGCUGAAAGAAGGUUGCAAUCACAUGACUUGUCGCUGUCUCGCAGAGUUCUGCAUGAUUUGCGGGAGUAAAUGGAAAAGCUGUGAAUGCCCUUGGUUCAACUAUCGGGACUUACCCGAUCCGGAUCGUUUGACCAACAUGCGUGUGCCAGAGGAGGUUCGAGUCGUAUAUCAGAGGGUCAUGGACGCUGCUGGUAUACCAGUACCACCACCAAAUGCCGCAGCAGCAGCACCACCACCACCAACACCGCAUGCUCGCGCUCGGCCUGUUUCGACGUACGACGAAGAGCUCGCGCAACGCCGAAGACAAGAACGUCUUGACGCUGAUCUAGCACGCCGACUACAACUGGGACUCAUUCUCAACCCUGAGGACGGAGAGGAAGCUGGGCGGCCCCGGGAUCGUCAUCGGGAGGCUAACAUCGCAGCAUGGGGACUGGACAAUGAUGAAGCUGGGCUGAAUGACAAUUUCGUCACGAAUGCGGCGAAUGUCGUGAUGAGUGCGUUUGGAGACGCCACCCUGGGACGGAGAGGCGACAGGGAAUCUGGUAGGCGACGUAGAGCACGGCAGACUGCGCAAGGCUCCACCGAUGCAGGUCUUGCGCCGAACUUCUUGGGCGAUGAAAGCGUGUUGGGUGUGGGGCCAUCUCCGAGGAGAUUUGGGCGAUGAAUGUACGUACGACUUGAUGAUUGAUGCUACACGAUCAUCAUACUGUAUGUUUGGAGAAUCUCCGUUCAAGCAAGUUCUCGAUUCGCAUCAUUUCCCAUCACCUAGUUCUCUUCCAACUCCACCACAUCCCACGUCAAACCUCCAUGCGUAAUCUUACCGCCCAAUUGCAACCGGUCAAAUUCCAUAGCCACACCACACGGCAAG